AUGGUGGAAGAACCACGUGAACCUCGUUUACCUCCGACUGUCUCGAACCGUAAGAAGAGGAAGGAAUUAUCCGAUAAGGGCAAGGGCAAGGCAAUCACGACCAAGAAAAAGACCACGACCAAGAAGAAGUCUGGAGAGGGUUCUUCCUCAACGAAUCCGGUAUCGGCUCUACCUUCGACUGUAGAAGUUGGUGAUUCGAGCAACGAACCGGUCCGAGGUUCCGAGAUACCGGAAUUGUACACAAAUUUUGAUAAGCACAUUGCUUAUCAUAUUGUGAACGGAGGUCCAGAGCGCUCGGAGCGCGGCUCAGAAUUUCGAAUUCGAAAUCACACAGGAACUUUGAAAGGCUGGGUACCAGCGCCGUUUAUUACAGAGGCAGUACAAAGAGCUGGAUUAAUGUUAGUUGUACAAGCAUCGUACAACACUGUGGACGGCCAUCUACUUAGAGCCUUCAUAGAGAGAUGGCAACCAGCUACCAACACAUUUCAUUUACCUGUUGGAGAGAUGACCAUCACACUUGAUGAUGUGAGUACGUUGGUCGGUUUGCCAGUUGUUGGGCGUACUGUAUCUUGCGAGCGUUUGAUCCGUGAUUCCAAAACGAAGCCCAGUCGUUUGAUGUUCGAGUUGCUAGGUGAGUACCCGGACGAUGUAGACAAGAAGAAAACAGUGAAGCUGGAAUGGUUGAAGGCUAAAUUUAGCAAGGUGGCCAUGAGAGACAGUGCGGAGAAGAGGACAUACGCCAUUCGGGCGUAUUUGUUAUUUUUGCUCGGGUGUACUAUACUGUGCGACAAGACCGGCAACAUGGUAAACGUGGAGUAUCUAAAUCUCGUCUCUGAUUUGGAUCGGAUCGGCGAGUAUGCUUGGGGCACUGCAUGUCUUUGCCGGUUGUACGAUGAGCUUUCGUUAGCCUCAAAAAAUUCAACGAACUCGAUGGCUGGCUAG